AUGCCCUCUAGGCACGAAAUCUCCUACUUUGGCGCUGGCCCAGCUCCUCUGCCCACUCCCGUGGUUGAGGCCGCCGGCCAGGCCUUCGUCAACUUCAACAACUCCGGUCUCGGCCUGGGAGAAAUCUCCCAUCGCUCCCCCACCGCGAACAAGAUUCUCGACGACACCAAAGCCCACCUUACUGCCCUGCUCGAUAUCCCUGAUAACUACGAGAUUCUCUUCAUGCAAGGUGGUGGUAGUGGUGAAUUCAGCGCCGUAGUUCAGAACCUUGUUCCGGUCUGGAUCGAGCGCCGCCGCCGCCGUGCCGAAGCCGACUUGUCCAGAGCCAACCCAGAUGCCGACAAGUCUCACAUCGAUGAAUUGGUCUUCCAAAGGCUACAGAAGGAAGUCGAUGAAGAGCUGAAGCUCGACUACCUUGUCACGGGCUCAUGGUCCCUCAAGGCCUCCCAGGAAGCUGCUCGAUUGCUCGGUUCCAAGUAUGUCAAUGUGGCGGUGGAUGCUCGCAAAGCGAAUGGCGGCAAGUUUGGCAAGAUUCCCGCUGAAGAUACCUGGUCAUUGACCCCGACCAAGCGGGAGGGUGGUAAGGGCUCUGCGUUCGUUUACAUGUGUGACAACGAGACUGUGGACGGCGUGGAGUUCCCGGCAUUCCCCAAGGCGCUGGAGCCUCAAGGCCAGGAUGCCGAGGACGAGCGCCUGAUUGUUUCGGAUAUGAGCUCCAACUUCAUUAGCCGGAAAGUUGAUGUUAGCAAGUAUGCUGUGAUCUUUGGUGGUGCUCAGAAGAACAUCGGUGUCACUGGUAUCACGAUCGUGAUUGUUCGCAAGGAUCUUCUGCCCCCUCUGACUGCCACACCCCCUCCAGCUUUGUUGCACCGUUUGAAUAUCGGAGGACUUCCCGGUCCGGUUGUGCUCGAUUACGCCACCAUUGCCAAGAACAACUCUCUCUACAACACUCUCCCUAUCUUCAACCUCUGGGUUGCCGGGAAAGUGAUGGGUGAUCUCAUGGACAUCUUCGGCGCCCAGAAGGUCGGCGGCCAGGAGAAGAUUGCCGAUCAAAAGGCCGAGCUCAUUUACGGUGUCUUGGACAAAUACCCCCAAGUGUACCAGGUGGUCCCGGACAAGACCGUCCGCAGCAGAAUGAACAUCUGUUUCCGUGUCUGUGGCGGUGAUGAUGCCAAGGAGAAGGAGUUCAUCGCCGGUGCCGAGAAGCGUUCGUUGCAGGGUCUCAAGGGUCACCGCAGUGUUGGUGGUAUGCGUGCAAGCAACUACAAUGCCGUGCCUUUGGAAAAUGUCCAGAAGCUGGUCAAGUAUCUGGAGGACUUUGCCUCAGGACACUAA